AUGGCAGGAAUUUUUGAACAGUCUCGCGGCGGAGGAACGCUGUGUAAGCUUGAGCAGUUCUUCUUGGGCGGCCAAAAGAUUAGCGGGCAGGACAUUCGUGACCAAAAUGUCCUCGCGACUCAGGCAAUUGCAAAUGUCGUCAAGUCGUCGUUCGGCCCUUCAGGGCUAGACAAGAUGAUGGUCGACGACAUUGGUGACGUUACCGUAACGAACGACGGCGCUACAAUCCUCUCUUUGCUCGACAUCGAACACCCCGCCGGCAAGAUCCUCGUCGAUUUGGCACAACAGCAAGAUAAGGAGGUUGGCGAUGGCACAACAUCAGUCGUCAUAAUAGCGGCGGAGCUUCUGCGGAGAGCAAACGAGCUCAUGAAGAACAAGAUCCACCCCACCACAAUCAUAACAGGCUACAGGCUGGCUCUGAGGGAAGCUGUCAAGUACAUGAACGAGAACAUCAGCACCAAGGUCGAUGCGCUCGGUCGCGACUCCCUCGUCAACAUCGCUAAGACGUCCAUGUCCAGCAAGAUCAUCGGAUCCGACUCGGACUUCUUCGCCAACAUGGUUGUGGACGCCAUGCAGUCUGUCAAGAUGACCAACAACAAGGGCGAGAUCAAGUACCCCGUGAAGGCUGUCAACAUCCUCAAGGCACACGGCCAGAGCGCCACUCAGUCUCAGCUUGUCAAGGGUUACGCGCUGAACUGCACAGUCGCUUCGCAGGCCAUGAAGACGCGGAUAAAAGACGCGAAGAUUGCCUGCUUGGACAUCAACUUGCAGAAGGAGCGCAUGAAGCUAGGCGUACACAUCACAAUCGACGACCCGGAACAACUGGAGAAGAUUCGGGAGCGCGAGGCCGGCAUUGUCACCGAACGCAUCGAGAUGAUCUUGAAGGCGGGCGCGAAUGUUGUCAUGACUACCAAGGGCAUUGACGACCUCUGCUUGAAGCACUUCAUCGAGAAGGGUGCUAUGGCAGUACGACGAUGCAAGAAGGAGGAUCUGCGAAGGAUAGCCAAGGCGACUGGCGCAACCCUGGUCAGCACCUUGUCCGACUUGAACGGUGACGAGAAGUUUGAGGCAUCGAGUCUUGGUUCUGCGGAAGAGGUAUCUCAAGAGCGCAUUUCGGAUGAUGAGUGUAUUCUCGUCAAGGGUACUAAGGCCUUUUCAUCUGCAUCCAUCAUUCUCCGUGGAGCAAACGACUAUGCUUUGGACGAGAUGGAGCGCUCAGUGCACGACUCGCUGUCAGCUGUCAAGCGGACGCUCGAGAGUGGACGCAUUGUUCCUGGUGGAGGCGCUGUUGAGACUGCUCUGCACAUAUACCUCGAAGAGUGGGCAACUUCAGUGGGCUCUCGUGAGCAAUUGGCUAUUGCCGCCUUUGCACAGUCUCUCCUCGCUAUCCCUAAGACUCUAGCCAUCAACGCCGCCAAGGACGCUACCGAGCUGGUUGCAAACCUCCGAUCGAGGCAUGCACUUUCACAACGGACAGUGAACCCGUCCGACCCCUCUUCGCAGGACGCCAGCAAGUUGGCAAAAUCCAAGAACUACAAGAACUAUGGUCUGGAUCUGGCCAACGGCAAAGUGCACGACUGCUUGAAGGCUGGCGUUCUCGAGCCAAGUAUGAGCAAGGUGAAACAGCUGAAGUCUGCCGUAGAGGCGUGUGUCGCCAUCAUGCGUAUUGAUACCCUGAUCAAGCUGGAUCCUGAGGAGCGCGGCGGUGGUGAAGACGACGGUCAUGGGCACUAAAUAGUCCGGGUCAGAUUCAAGAAAUAUAUAAAAGGCUAGAAACGGCCAACGAGUAAUGCAUUACACAAUCACACAGCAGUCAAUCAGCUGGAGCGACUCACAACA